ACCUUGCUGCCUGUACCCCCCCCAGGCAAGCAUAGUAAUCUCUAGACUGUUUUCUGUGCCCAAAAUUUCUUGCCCUUUGCUCUCCUCAUCUCCGCUCUGGCCAAAGCAUUGCGUUUAACCUUGUGGGGAGACCCCGUCCCCCGUGUCUCGUCCCUGCGGGCUGCUGGACCUUGAGACCAUUUCCAAACGUGGCUCCCAGACGGGGUUACGCCAACCCACAGGCCGUGGGGCAUGAGGUUGCUGUCAGCUGUGGGGUCAGGCGGGAAUGGGGGGUCAUCAUGCGGCUGUAACACCCCGGGGUGGGUUUAGCUGGUGGUGCGGGGAGAUGGCAGAGCCUGGUGUGGCCGGAGCGUGGCCACGUGCCGGGUAAGAGCAGCGUCCCCUCGCUGCGGCAGCUUGCUGCAAAGACUGGCCUGGCAGGGAGCAGGGCCAAAGGGUUUAUAACUUUGUGGUGUUUAAAAGACGGUCCCCCCUGGUUUCAAUACAUUCUUCUGCAGCUCUGUCCUUGACAUGAAGCAUGUCCCUCCUCCCCAGCUCCCAGCACGGCCAGCAAAGCUCUGCAUAAACUCAGGCAGCUUUGAAGCCUCCUGGACAAGCACCCUUUAGUUUGCGGCUCCUGAGCAGGAUGAGGAUUGCUGGAUGAAGGGCAACCCCAGGACUCUGAGCCAGAUGUCAGAGAAAAGUUGGAUUUCUUUGUGAGCAGCUCGCGCAGCGUCCACAAGUGCCCUUCCCCUUCGUGGCUCCUGGAGGUGCUGAAAUCCUUGUGCAGACAUGGCAUUUAGAAGGACAGAGGGAAUGUCCAUCAUCCAGGCCUUGGCAAUGACCGUGGCAGAGAUCCCCGUGUUUGUUUACACGACAUUUGGGCAGCUGCGGCUCUCUCCAGGCCUGCGUAAGGUGCUGUUCGCUACAGCUCUCGGGACAGUUGCAUUGGCUCUUGCAGCUCAUCAGCUCAAGCGACGUCGUCGUCGAAAGAAGCAGAUUGCUCCAGAGAAGUGCGGCUUUAAGCCUGGAGGGAUCACAGUGCCCAUCUUGCCAACCAGAAGGGUCUCCUCCGUGAAGAAAGGAUACUCCAGCAAGAGAGUCCAGAGUCCUGGCAGCAAGAGCAAUGACACGCUCAGCGGGAUUUCCUCCAUUGAGCCCAGCAAACAUUCCAGUUCCUCCCACAGCCUCGCCUCGAUGGUAGUGGUCAACUCUUCAAGUCCAACGCCAGCAUCAGCAGGGAUGUGGGAGACCCAGGCAAUGGGGGAUGCUGGAGCCAUUGGUGAUACUAGUGCAGAAAGCCUCUACGUUCAAGGCAUGGAGCUGUUUGAGGAGGCCCUGCAGAAGUGGGAGCAGGCGCUGACCAUCAGGCAGAGGGACAAUGCUAGUACCAGCACCCCCGUGCCCUGGGACAGCAAGAAACAGCAAGAGAGCAUGUCUGAGAACAUCCCAGAGGAGGAGUCCCAGAAAAGGGAGUUUGCCGAGAAGCUGGAGUCCCUCUUGCACCGAGCCUACCACCUCCAGGAAGAGUUUGGGUCUUCACUUCCGUCAGACAGCAUGCUGCUGGAUCUGGAGAAGACUUUAAUGCUUCCAUUGACGGAUGGGUCAUUGCGGCUUCGGACAGAUGAUGAAGACAGCUCAAUUUCUGAGGACUCCUUCUUCUCUGCAGCAGAGCUCUUUGACUCCCUCCACUUUGAGGAAAUACCAUUCCACCUCUCGAAGCCAGUAGCAGCAUAUGAAGAAGCUCUGCAGUUAGUGAAAGAAGGGAAAGUCGCGUGCCGGACGUUGAGGACAGAGCUCCUCGGCUGCUACAGCGACCAGGACUUCCUUGCGAAGCUGCAUUGCGUCAGGCAGGCCUUCCAGGAGCUGCUGGAGGAUGAAAGCAAUCAACUGUUUUUUGGGGAGGUUGGGAAGCAAAUGGUGAUAGGACUGAUGACAAAAGCUGAAAAGAAUCCCAAAGCUUUUCUGGAAAGCUACGAGGAGAUGCUACGUUACGCACUGAAGCAAGAGACCUGGCCGACCACUCAGCAGGAGCUGGAGGGAAGAGGGGUGGUGUGCAUGAGUUUCUUUGAUAUUGUGCUGGACUUCAUCCUCAUGGAUGCUUUUGAGGAUCUGGAGAACCCGCCCUCCUCUGUGCUGGCUGUGCUGCGCAACCGAUGGCUCUCCGACAGCUUCAAAGAGACGGCUUUAGCAACUGCCUGCUGGUCUGUUCUGAAAGCAAAAAGGAGGCUUUUGAUGGUACCAGAUGGCUUUAUCUCUCAUUUCUACUCCGUAUCGGAGCAUGUCAGUCCCGUUCUAGCCUUUGGUUUUCUGGGGCCCAAGCAGCAGCUAUCUGAAGUCUGUAGUUUCUUCAAGCACCAGAUAGUACAAUAUCUGAAGGACAUGUUUGAUUUGGACAACGUGAGAUAUACAACAGUGCAGUUGCUGGCAGAAGACAUUUUGCAGCUGUCGCGGCGGCGCAGUGAGAUCCUCUUGGGGUAUCUGGGCACUGAGACUUCCCCUGAGGUGAACGGCAUGCUUCCUGGUGAAAAUGAGCUGCUGAAGGAGCUCAUCUGAUGUCAGUCAGGGGAGGAAAAGUUUCGUACAAGGACCUUUUUCCUCCCAAAGAUGGAUAAAAGUACCUGCAAUGCUCAGUGGUGGCAGCAAGAUUAUCUCAACACACAGCAACCUGGUGGGACCUGCUUUUUGUAGCCAGUAGUGUUUGCUGGGAUGGAUCCAGGACCACUUGCCAGCUUAUGGUUUGAAUUUCUUCUUUGUUCCACCUUCCUGUUCUUUUUAUUAUUAUUAUUUUAAUGUGUCAUAUAAACCACAAAAUGCCUGGGCCCAGAUUUUUUGCCCAGUUCUCUUGAAUAGGGCAACAUAUGUACCUAUUUCACCUGUGCAUUUUCUGGGAGAUGAUCCCUGACGUUUAUGAUUGUGUGUGGGAGCAGGAACAUCAUUGGUAGAUUCUCUAGUUGACCCUUAGCUUCUCAAGGAGGCUUUGUUGGCUUUGGGAUUUUUAUUAUCGUUCUUUCUCUGCUGUGUUUCUACAGACAUUACCGCUGAUUUUACCUUAUGUGUUUUAACACAUGCAAUGUGACUAGCAAAGAUUUCUUUCCCAGCGAGGAAGAAAUACUUCUGUAAAGCACUGAAGUAAAACACAGACUUUGGUAACCAGUCUGAAGCUCUAAGGAAGUUGGUCUGUUCCUUCUGUGUUGCUGCUCUUUGCGGGCCAGAUGACGGGCUCUAUGCUGUGGUCAUCCUCACUUAGGAGAUUGCCGAGGUCUACGUUCACCCUGAGGCGAGCUAGUGUGAGGAAAGGGUGGACUUGCAUCCUGCCUGUGCGUGCACAAAGUCUUUAACAUCCAUCAAAGUGCCUUGCUGUAUUUCAGAAUGAGCCAGCAGCAGUUUUCGCUGGGUGGGAGGUGUGGGGUGUACACAGGCAGAGGGAACCGGUAUAGUGUGGUGCCUCUUCCUUUUAUGCACAAGGUAGUAAGAGGUGUUGGAUGUGAUGUACGAAAGGGGUUAUGUGUGCAGGUAGCUGGAGAGCUGGGAUCAAGUUGCUAGAGAGGAAAUGACUCUUUAUAGUCUGUCAAUCCUAAGAAACAGCGUAGUUGUGGGUAUAGCUCAAAUGCGUGUGUAUGUAUGACCUUGUCAUGCUGGGACAGGCUCUUCUCAAAUAGUGUGAUCCUGACUGCACAGCUGGCACCUGGAAUCUGGUUGCUUUGGGACAUGUGCCGAGUUGGAUAUAGGGUAGGAUAGUGGCAGUGGAGUGUGCUGGACUUGAGGCAGUGCUGGCUUUUGUGUGAGGUUUGCAGUGAUUUGCCAGGUCCUCUGUGGGUGCAAUGCCACAGGUGAAGGCUGAGGGUCCAGCCUGUGCUUUCUCCUGAUUCAGUCCACGUAUGGCUCCAAGCCCCAGCCUCAGAAUGAGGAGAUCUUCAGGGAGAAGAAAAUGAGGACAUUCACAAAAACACAGGCUUCACUGGUUUUUUUUCUCCAGACUGACUAGUUAUCCCUUCUGUCUGUUCCAGGUAAAAGGCACGGGUCUUAACUAGCUGUAUUUUUGCAAGGAGGAAAAAAAUAAAGUAAGAAUCUGGAGUUUCCAUAUGAGUGGAAAGUCAGUACAUGGGCUUGGAGAAUACAAAUGUCUUCUUUCUUCCUCUUCAGUUAUCUCAUGGAUCCUGCUGGUAAAAGCAGGAAGGAAGCAAGCAGGGAAAAAGUAAACAGGAGGAUGUAAAAGGAGCAGAUAAAUGCUCCUAAGAUGCUUGCAAGAGGGUAAGUGUAGAGCACACAACAUCUGUUGCUCUAUAAGCACAUCAGACUGAUGUGGCUUAUCCUGAAGCCCAGAUUAAUGCAAUAAAUAAGACAGUGCUGAGGCAGAAGUGCAGAGCAGCUGACCCAAGUGGGGCUGCAUGAAAUAAACUGUUAUGAGAAGGAUUUAAGAGACAGCAAUUGAAACUAGGAAAGGGCUCUGAGGUGUCUUGCUUCUGGCAGCGUGCAGUGAGAGAAGAAACAGAGGAUGUUGUAUUAGUAUGGCACACCUGCUACAUGUAAACUGUGAUUCAAAAGUAUGUUAUAUUCUGAAAGCAAGUUACUUUGCCAAAAAAAAAAGUUUAGAGUGCUUUGUGCUCUUGUAUGGCUGGUUUAGAAGAAAGAGUAACUUCAGCAGCUUUGUAUAGUGGUUAAAAAGAUGCUAAAAUGUGAAGAUUAAUGUAAUAAGAUGGAUUGUAAUUCUAAACAAUGCUGUUAAUUUCAGAUUUUUAGAGUUGUUUUAUGUGUAUUUAUUUACUAUUUUGAGUGUCUUUUGGCCUCAGUGCUUGGUCUGCCUGCCUGCUUUGUGUACGGACAAGAACACUGGCUGCUGAUUUUGGUCUUUUCGCAUCCUGGUGGGAGAGGAUACUGAAACAGGGUCCCCAUGAAGCAAACACUAACUUGCACUGUGGAGCUAAGAAAUUGUAAUUUCCUAAUCAAUCAAAUGGAAAAAACCCAGUUUUAUUACAGCUUUAUGCUCUUCCUUAGCUGUUAUUGUAAAUGGGGUACACUGUCCUCUGAGGGAAGGUAAAAAGGGAACUUCCUUGAGAAAAUCCACAGCUUGUUGAAGGUUGAGUUCUCCCCCUCCACCUGCCAAUACUACCUUGCUCCUGCAGAAGCUGAGACAAACUGAUUUCCUCCUUACUGGGGAGAAAACACCCCGUUUUGCCGUGCUAUUUCAUUGCUGCUCUUUCUCCCUCCCCAGUCCCAGCGUAGCUUGAGAGGAAAGGCAGAAGAAAGGUGUUUGCAGCCUCUGAAGGGCACUCAGAGAAAUUCUUCAGUAUUAGUAGCAGAUGAGAUACAUAUUCGGGUAGAAUCUCUAGAGAUAAGAUAUUUGCCUCUUUUAUAAUGAAGCCUUAUUCUCAAGGGGUUAAAUCAUUCUGCGCUGACACUUGUAAGAUUUUAACACUGAUGGGGAUUUAAAAUGGCUUAGCAGCUAUGAAACAAAAUCCUUCAAUAGUUUCUGAUGCUUAAACAGAAUUUCAAAUAUGCAUGACUUUCAAUUUUUAUGUAGAAGUUGUAAUAAGCUUCACCAGUGGUUAAAGUACAUACUGAGUACUUUAGUAUGUAUGUAGAGACUACACUAAAUGGCUCUAGGAGGGUCUUUAUAAUCUUUAAAGCACAAAUACAUUAAUAAAAAAAUGUGAGGGAAAAUCUGUCUUGUAUCUGCAAGAUCAGUGUGGCUUUGAAGAGCAUGGCUUGUGCUGUCUCAUACAUGGAGGUGGGAAAGCAGGAUUUUAUUUACCCCUCUUCAGUAGAACAUUCCUCUACCAUAUCUGAAACUAAUGAAUGUAAACUUGUGCCUAUUUUUUCUUGAUUUCCUAAAGGUGUAAAAAUCUGUUCUUGUUUUGCUUCUUUUUUUCUUUGCAGCUAUUUUUUUUUUAAUACCUUUAAUCUUAGGAUGUGGGCAUUACAAAUCAAAUAAAACUUUCCUUCA